AUGCAAGGAGGUGUUGCAGUGGCGGUGGCUCACCACGCGUCUCUCUAUGUCCACAGGGGGCCAUUCAGCGUGGUGCGGCGCUGCAUCCACCGGCAGACCAGCCAGCAGUUCGCCGUCAAGAUCGUCGACGUCGCCAAGUUCACUUCCAGCCCCGGCCUCAGCACCGCAGACCUGAAGCGGGAAGCGACCAUCUGCCACAUGCUGAAACACCCACACAUCGUGGAGCUGCUGGAGACGUACAGCUCCGAGGGCAUGCUCUACAUGGUCUUCGAGUACAUGGACGGGUCUGACUUGUGCUUCGAGGUCGUCCGUCGAGCCAUGGCGGGUUUCGUCUACAGCGAGGCGGUCGCCAGCCACUACAUGCGCCAGAUCCUGGAGGCGCUGCGCUACUGCCACGAGAACGACAUCAUCCACAGGGAUAUCAAGCCGCACUGCGUCCUGCUCGCCACGAAGGAGAACUCUGCGCCCGUGAAGCUGGGCGGCUUCGGCGUCGCCAUCCAGCUGCAGGACGGCCAGAUGAUCAACGGCGAGAAUCUUGUGAGAGAGAGCCGGCCAGGCCUGAGCGCCAUGGGGCGGCUGUAUUACAAGGCAGACCGCGAGGGGCGCAUCGGGACGCCGCACUUCAUGGCGCCCGAGGUGGUGGCGCGGCGGCUGUACGGCAAGCCGGUGGACGUGUGGUCGGCCGGCGUGCUGCUGCACGUGCUGCUGUCCGGCACGCUGCCCUUCCUCGGCACGCGAGACCGCCUCUACGAGUGCAUCUGCCGCGGCCGCCUCCACCUGGAUUCACCUCAGUGGGAAUUCAUUAGUGACGCGGCAAAAGACCUCAUUCAAAAAAUGCUGACAGUGGACCAUACGCAAAGAAUAACAAUACAAGAAGUGUUAAAUCAUAGGUGGCUAAGGGACAGAGAUAAAAGUGCUACAAAAAUACAUUUAGCGGAUACAGUGGAAGAAAUGAAAAAAUUCAAUGCCAGGAGAAAGCUCAAAGGAGCAGUCUUGGCAGCUGUGUCUUCCCCAAAGUGGACUUCCUUUUACUCGGAUCCAAACAGUGAUGGGUUCUCAGAUUUUGGAGAGGACGAAGUUACAUCUUCGGGAGCUGUGAGCCUGGUUCUCGAUUCCCUCGACGACAUCCACUGUUUACAAGAAGCGCCCCUCAAUGACCGUGACUUCCUCCAUUCGGUUCUGGAGGAUCGGCAACUGCACGCCCUGCUCGAGCUGUACGACCGCAUCUCGAGCAAGGUGGUGAGCCCGACGCGCGCGCCUCCCAGCGACGCGGUGCAGAAGUGUCGCGAGGUGUGCGAGUGCCUGCGCGAGGUGGAGCGCGCCGCGCCGCCGCCCACACCC